AAUCCAUCGGUCGGUUGUCUCAGCAUUCCAUUCCGCGAUCUCAACGAAAGUCCAGCGGUGAACGGGGUCAAAAGGUUGCCAUUGAGACGUGGCGCUUUGACACACACGUGGAUAGAAAUUAGCUGGGCAGGUGUUAGCGCUUCAGUGUGUGUGUGUGCUGACUGCAUAGAUCAAAUCCAUAGAGAGCUUUUGGAUCCAGCUCCCCCGACAGAGUCACCGAUGUGGCUCUGGGAGUAUAUUAUGCUAAUCAGACAGCGACAGGCGGCGCGACGCAAUGUCAGGGUUCCCCUCGUUUACCUAGGCACAGGUGCCGCCGGCUUCUGCGCCCUCUAUUUGAUCUUUGGCUAUGGCGCCCAGCUGCUGUGCAACAUCAUCGGAGUGCUGUAUCCCGCCUACAUAUCGAUCCAUGCGAUCGAGUCCAGCACAAAGCAGGACGACACCAAGUGGCUCAUCUACUGGGUCACCUUUGGCAUCUUCACCGUGAUUGAGUUCUUCUCGGGACUGCUGACCUCGGUGAUUCCAUUUUACUGGCUGCUCAAGUGUGCUUUCCUCAUCUGGUGCAUGCUGCCCACGGAGCAGAAUGGCUCCACCAUCAUCUACCACAAGCUGGUGCGACCCUACUUCCUGAAACACCACGAAUCCGUCGACAGGAUCAUCGAUGAUGGCAUGAAGAAGGCCGCUGGAGUGCUGAAGCACGACUAGGACUAGGGAGCUCCGUCCGCUGCUAUCACUUGCUUCCCCAUGCAUUUGGAUUAGGUCACCACCUCACCUCGUAUCGGUUACGUUUUGAAAUAAAUUUUAAAUAUGUA